AUGCUCUCGGAUACGAUUUAUCACAAGAGGUGUCUCUGGCUCGGCAUCUGGCAGAUCAAGGAACCAGCAAUGGACCCCCAGGCACUCAGGCCCAAGCUAAAAUCCGCGGAGGUCAGAUUGAGAGAAGCUCUGGACCAAGCGCAGCUGCAGCAGCCAGUGGCGCUGCUCGACUUGCAGCACAUGCUCGUGCAGCUGCAAACCUGCAGUGACGUGGAGCUCACGUCAUCUGGCGUGAUACAGCUGAGGCAUGCCCUGGAUUCGUUCUUCAGCGAAGCACAACAAUCACCUGGCGUUUCACCUGAGGCUUUUGCAGCGAUGAAAGAUUUGGCUGAUCUGGUGGGCCCACUGAAAUCCGACACCACACUCUCCACUGCCGCUGCUUCGUUCCUACAACAGACCACCCGCCUUCUCAGCAACAGCAUCGCCUCUUCAAACCUUGAGAAACGGCUGGCCGAGCUUCAGAAACGACUGGGGGAGAUUAUGGAGUCUAGGCAGGGGGUAGCGACGCCAGGAGUGGCUGAGCUAUAUGAGCAGCUGAUAGGCGUGAUUUUGCAGACUCAGGACGUGGCGAGUCUUGCCAAGGAGUACAAUUGGGACUUUGACACGUAUUUGUAUGAGGACCUACCAGCUGCCAUGCAGUAUGUGCGGAAAUGGUCCCGGCCGCACGAUGGGAAGAUCCUGGCCGUCGGUCAUUCCAUGGGAGGGAUUCUGCUGUACUCGCGAAUGGCUGCUCUCGGUCCUGAUGCGGGUUUGUUGGGGGUGGUGACGGUGGCAUCGUCACUCGAAUACUGGAUGGCUAACUCCAGCUUGAAGCUGCUACGCCCACUCUCCGGCCCUGCGCGGGCGCUCAACUUCCCAGUCAUUCCAGUGGCAGUGCUGGCGCGAGCUGCACUGCCUCUCAUGACCCAGCCGCCCUUCACUCUGGCAUGGGUGGCGCACCAGGUGUCAGCCCGCGAUGCCAUGGACCCUCAGCUCUUUCAAAAGCUCAUGCAGCACAACUUCUGCACCAUCCCAGUGAAGCUCCUUUUGCAAAUGGAAUCAAUUUUCACGCCAGGCGGGCUGCGCAGUCGCAGCGGGUCCAUCUCGUACCUCAAGGGGCUCAGGGACUGCCACACACCCGUGCUCGCGCUCGCUGGUGACUCCGACGGUGUUUGCCCUCCUCUUCUUGUCACAGAGACCCUCAAGGCCAUCCCAUCUUCCAGCGUUGAGUACCGGCAGUUUGGGGGGUCGGACAACCGCCGCUACGGACACUACGACAUGCUUGUGGGCAAACAUGCACCAGAGGAAGUGUACCCUGUCAUUACAGAUUUUCUGUCGAAGACUGAUGCUGCUAACGGGGAGCCAAUCAGGGCUGCAGACGAGUUCCCUUCCACCAUGUCUGUCAUGGCAGAACAGGAUGCUGGCAUGCAUGCAGUCUAA